AUGACGAAGGUAAGCAUCAAUGGGUUGAGAGCCUUUUUGCAUAUCCAUGAGUUGAAAACGAAGAGCAGAGUCAUUCGCCAUACUGGAUUGAGAGAAGUGGCAUUGGAGACACUCCUAAAGAUCCUAGGUAGUGAUGCAGCCGACAAUGAGAGAGAGAAUGGACUCAGACAGUGUACUGGUGAUGUAGCUGACAAUGAGUUGGUCUCGUUGGUACCACUGAGCAUGGGCGGGACUGGUUUGGGUAAAGGAGGCGGUGGUGGUUAUGGGUGUUUUGGUGGUAGAAGUGGAGGUUUGGGCACAAGAUUGUUUAUGAGUGCCAUCGAUAAAUUUUCAGAGGUCAUGACUGACUAA